AUGUUCGUUCGAAUCGGCAAUUUCGGUGGUAUCGUCCCAUCGCUGGUGCAAAAUGGCCAGCAACAGCAACAGAGAGGUAUGGCCACCCUAAAGGCCAUAUCCAUGCGAUUGAAAUCCGUCAAGAACAUCCAAAAGAUCACUCAAUCCAUGAAGAUGGUGUCAGCAGCCAAGUACGCCAGGGCCGAGCGUGAACUAAAAGCCGUCCGGCCGAUCGGCGACGGGACCAAGCAAUUCUACGACAAGGCCGAGAUCCAGGGCCAGCCGGAUGUCCCGCAGAAGUUAGUCAUCGCCAUGUCUUCGGAUAGAGGUCUCUGCGGUGCAGUACACACGAGCGUGGCCCGUUACAUUCGUGGCGAAUUAGCCAAAGACGAGCAGAACCUAAAAGUGGUUUGCGUGGGGGACAAGUCCCGUUUGAUCUUGCAGCGUAUCUACGGAAAGAACAUCAUUCUGGCUUGCAACGAGAUCGGUCGCCUGCCGCCUACGUUUAUCGAUGCUUCGAAACUGGCCGACGCCAUCUUGAAGUCGGAGUACAAAUUCAGCUCGGGGCAGAUCGUUUACAAUAAAUUCAAAUCCGUGGUGUCUUAUACUACGUCCAUUUUGCCUGUGUUCAGUUUGGCUUCAGUUACAGCCGCUCCGAAGUUAGCGGUGUACGACUCUUUGGAUGACGAAGUGGUUCAGAGUUACUUGGAAUUCUCCUUGGCCUCGCUGCUGUUCUACGCCAUGAAAGAAGGCGCUUGCAGUGAACAAUCCUCUCGUAUGACUGCCAUGGACAACGCCAGCAAGAACGCCGGAGAGAUGAUCGAUAAGCUGACUCUGACCUUCAACCGUACCAGACAGGCUGUCAUUACUCGAGAACUCAUUGAAAUUAUUUCUGGUGCGUCUGCACUGUAA